CGCUUGCCAUUCAUUUUAAGCGCAGCAGCUUUGACCGAGCAUCACACAAUUAGAGAUAAGAGCUGUCAGACGCAGUCGCUCAGACUGAGCUAAAUCAAAGCAUCCUCCAGGCUUCAGCCGAAGAUGGAGCGCCAAAUCCCCGAUUUCUCUGGCACCUGGGAAAUGAAAAGCUCGGAAAACUUUGAAGAGCUUCUGAAAACACUGGGGGUGAAUGUGAUGCUGCGUAAGAUUGCAGUGAAAGCCGCCUCGAAGCCGCUGGUGGAGAUCACGCAGAACGGAGAGACGCUGUCCAUCAAAACGUCCACCACGGUCCGCACCACUCACAUCAACUUCACUGUGGGCCAGGAGUUCAACGAGGCAACCGUGGACGGCCGCCCCUGCACAAGUUUUCCACGUUGGGAAACAGACAGCAAAAUCAGCUGUGAGCAGACUCUGCAGAAAGGAGAAGGUCCCAAGACAUCCUGGACUCGAGAGAUCACCAGUGACGGCAAGCUGAUCCUGACCAUGAGGGCGGAUGAUGUGAUUUGCACCAGAGUCUACGAACGACAAUGAACAACAGCACUUCUCACUUUUUUGCCCUUCCAGUUCCUCUCUCCCCCUUUCUGUGUGCUGGGAGACACCAAUCUGAAGAUUUAUUCCAGUUAACCUGUUAGUGCCACCAUACAAUAUUAAUGUGGUAAUUGUACUUAGCAUGUCACAUUUAAAAUCUGAGCUUCUGUCUUCAUUUUCCUUGCGAGUUUUCUGACCUGACCAGCUCCAUUUUGGGUGGCACAUUGAAUUGCUAAAUUGCAGCUCAUGCAUUGGUUGUCUGUGCAUGUGUGUGUGACUGAGGGUUGUGCAGCAACAACAGGCGAGAUGUGAGACUAUAUUUGUAGAUGUGUAAACCAAUCCAUGAGCUCUUCCUUUAUCAGGUCAUUUUGACGUCUGUCCUCUCCUCUUUCUGUAGCCUCGCUCUCCUUCGCCCCGUCUAAUUUGUUUUUUGUAUUUAUUACUACACAACUUUUUACACUGUAUCUCUCUUGUAUGAAAUAACAGGAAAACUACCCUUUCUAGGGGGAAAAAAUAAACCACCUUGACGUCAGCUCUUUGACUCUCCUGUGCAGAAAAAAAACUAUUAAGGAGCAGUAAAGGCAUUUAAUGGUGCCCGAGGUUUUAUGAUUUGUGAGUGUAGCUGCAGAAUGUGUGCACAUUAAAUGGCUCCAUCUUAUUUUAGGCUUUCUCUCAGCUGUCUGCAACCAGAAUAACUUGUCUGCCCCUCCUUCUUCACAUUCUCUGUCCAUCUUCUCCCCUCGUCUCUCUCAUGUCUAUAUUUUUCAUGCCUAGUUUUCCUGGAUCUGCUCAUCCUGCAGCUUUCCUUCACCCCCACGGCUGCAGUUCAGUAGUAUUUGUCUUAUUUCUAUUUUGUUUGGCAGUUGAAAGUAUAUUGUUUGUUUUUUACGGUUCUUAAUAAAGUUUAACAAGACAUUUUUCAG